GCUUGCCUCUGCAGCGUGGCUGUACACGCGAGUCACAGCACACAGCAAGCAGCCCGACCGAACACGAGUGUUGCUGCAGUGGGUACUUCGACCAACUCCCCGCCACACCUUCUCGCCCCUCCUCGCCCUCUCGCCUUCUCGCCCAGCUCAGGCUGUGGUCACGUGGAAGACCCAGAGCCGGCCUGCUGCAG